CUGACUCAUGGGUACUAUUAACUUGUUUGCGUUUCUUUUCAACUGGUUUUUCUACUAGGUGAAGUAGCGCCCUAAGACCAGUACUCUCACCUGAGAUACAAUGUCACGUUGCUACAGGUAUGCUUGUGAUUGCUCGCGUGUAAAGAAUACAUAGACUGUAACUUUUGAGAAGGCAGACGUUUACACAGACGCUUAACAAACAAAACCCAGAAUGGCAUUUCUGACCAAGUUCUCAGUCCUAUUAAGAUGAUGUCAGAGACUUCCCGUACAGAAGAAAAGGUGGAUCCUGACAGGUGGCCAUGACUCUUGAAGAUCAUUUGUAAGCAUUAUCCAAAUCAAGCACAGAAACAGACCCUGGCAAAUAUGAAGCUGCUUGCUGCACCUGAUUUUCUGUAUUCCGUGCAGUAAAGCUCAGCGUACUGCUGACUCUGUCAGAUAAGGAAACCGAGUGCAACUGAAGGCCACCGUGAACCAAGCUUCGUGUGUACGAACUACCAUGGUCAACAAGAUAAGAAUGCUGUCAUCAUUUACCGGGGAAAAUGUCACUCUCUGUGGACUGGAUACGGCAUCGCUUUCGAAAACUGGCAUCCAGAGAAUCCUCUGAAACAAACUCUGAGACAACUCCACUUCUCCGAUCAACCGCCCAAAAAAGAAAUUGGAUUUAUCCGCACAACAAACAUAUUGUCUUUCCAAACAAUGGACUCUUUAUCCAAGACUUUAAGAAGUUCACCAGUAAUUAUCCUGGAAAUAAAAUACGGACUACAAAGUAUACUUUUCUCAGCUUUUUACCAAAGAACCUUUUGGAGCAGUUCUACCGGCUUGCAAAUCUUUAUUUCCUUUUCCUGGUGAUUUUGAAUUGGUUCCCCCAGAUGGAAGUUUUCCACAGGGAGAUUACAAUGCUGCCCCUGGUCGUUGUGCUGACUGUAAUUGCUGUGAAAGAUGGGCUGGAAGACUGCAGGAGAUACAGCUUUGACAGGAAAGUAAACAAUGCAAGAACAAGGGCUUUUGACUGGAAACAUAAAGAUUAUGUAGAGAGAUGCUGGAAAGAUGUGCGGGUUGGAGAUUUUGUGAAGGUGGUUUGCAAUGAGAUAAUCCCAGCUGACAUUCUUCUGCUGCACACAUCUGACGUAAACGGCGUCUGCCACAUCGAGACAGCGAACCUUGAUGGCGAGACCAACCUCAAACAGAGACGGGUAGUGAGAGGCUUCCUGAGUCCGGACUCUCCAUUUGUACCUGAGCAUUUCAACAGCACGAUUGUAUGUGAGAAGCCAAACAAUGACCUCAACAGGUUCAAAGGUUACAUGGAAAAUCCUGACAAGAAGAAAAUUGGUUUUGACAGGAAGAGCCUGCUGUUGCGUGGGUGCACGGUUAGAAACACUGAAGAAGCAGCAGGAAUCGUGGUCUACGCAGGCCAUGAGUCAAAAGCCAUGUUGAAUAACAGUGGCCCUCGGUACAAGCGUAGCAAGCUGGAGAGGAGAAUGAAUAUUGAUGUGUUCUUCUGUGUUGGACUGUUAAUCAUCAUGUGUCUCAUUGGAGCAUUAGGCCACGUGAUUUGGCUUGGGAGCUUUCCAGAUUGGCCUCCUUUUGAGGUGCCAGACGAGAACGGGAAAUUCACUUCCCCAGCUUUAGCUGGGUUUUACAUGUUCUUCACGAUGAUCAUUUUAUUACAGGUCUUGAUUCCAAUCUCUCUCUAUGUGUCCAUUGAACUCGUGAAAGUGGGUCAGGUAUUCUUCCUGAGCAGUGAUAUUGACUUUUAUGAUGAAGAAAUGGACAAGCUCUUGCAGUGUCGGGCUCUGAACAUCACGGAGGACCUGGGGCAGAUCCAGUACAUCUUCUCAGAUAAGACUGGAACCCUUACAGAAAAUAAAAUGGUCUUUCGACGCUGCACUAUCGGAGGCACAGAAUUUUCCCACCAGGAAAAUGCACUGCGGUUAGCUGCCCAUGGAGAUGUGGACUCGGAUGAGGAAGAGGCAGUGGGUCCACAAAGAGGACACCGCUCCAGACUUCAAUUCAACUCCAAGAACAAAAGUACCAGGGCCUUCAGAAGGUGUCAUAGUGCCAAGGCAUAUUAUUAUGGCGGCUAUGGCAGGAAAAAGUCAGAAGCCCGCAGAGACAGCGAAGUGGCUUUCAGUAGUCCUUUGGAAACGGAUGUGACUCCUGAUAAGAAACUAAUGAAGAUUGCGAGGGAGGCUGCCAACCAGAUGGAGAUGUGGUGCGAGGUCAGGUGCAGCUCCGACAGUGCCUCCUACGUGGAUUUCUUCCUUGCGCUGGCCAUCUGCAACACAGUGGUGGUUUCCACAGCAACGGAACCAAGACAUAGGGUAACUGGCCCUUCCCUAUUGAAACCAUCAAUUAAGUCUCUUGAGAAACUGCAUUCAUUUCUUCAGAAGAUGAAACCGGGUCGAAUCAGUCAAGUCUUGUCAUCCAUUCAGUCCAACUCAGACCAGACUGGAGGAACAAACCAAAUCAGUCCAUCACCUUCGGGCACUUCUGUGGGUGAGGAGAACGUGGCUGGAGAGUGCAGCUCCAGUGUGUCAGGUGGCUUUAAAGACAGUGGUGUGAGCAGCAAAGCAAGCACGGACAGUGGAGAUUACGCAGAGGGAGUGAAAGUGAGAGAUGAGAUAUGCUAUGAAGCAGAGAGCCCAGAUGAGGCCGCGUUGGUCCAUGCAGCCAAGGCCUAUAACUUCACCCUGAUGUCCAGAACCCCAGACCAUGUGACCGUGCGGCUUCCUCAAGGUGUGUUGUUGACUUUUGAGGUCCUGCACACGUUGUCUUUUGACUCAACCAGAAAGAGAAUGUCAGUGCUGGUCAGACACCCUAUCACAAGGGAGAUCAUUGUGUACACGAAAGGAGCUGACUCGGCAAUAAUGGAUUUACUGGAAAACCCAUCACAAGAAAAAGGGAAAGAGAACAAAAUAACUAAAAAUGCUUCAAAGACACUAAAGCACCUGAACUGGUAUGCCAAAGAUGGAUUAAGAACUCUGUGUAUUGCUAAAAAGGUUUUGAGUGAGAAGUCGUAUGAACAAUGGUCCAACAUAAGACUUGAAGCUGAAGCAGCAAUUGAGAACAGAGAUGAAUUGCUAAUGGAAACUGCUUUGAACUUAGAAACCAACCUUACACUUCUUGGUGCUACUGGUAUUGAAGAUCGUCUGCAAGAAGGAGUGCCAGAUACCAUUGAAGCUCUCCGUGAAGCUGGCAUUCAGAUCUGGGUGUUGACCGGUGAUAAACAGGAGACCGCGGUUAACAUUGCGUAUUCCUGUAAACUGCUGGACCAGAGGGACACUGUCUUUACUAUCAAUACUGACAGCAAGGAAACCUGUGAAUCUAUCCUUGACUACACUAUAGAGGAAGUGAAAAGGUAUGCUGCCGUCAAAAACACUCGCACCAAGUUAUUUAAAGUACCGGUAGACGUUGGCACUGUCUAUCCCUUAGAGGGAGCUGGUCCCACAUUCGGCCUGGUGAUUGACGGGAAUACUCUCAGCCUUGUCUUUGAGGGGAACCUGAAGAUGAAGUUUCUGGAAUUGGCGAAGCACUGUCGAUCCGUGCUCUGCUGUCGUUCCACGCCACUGCAGAAAAGCACAGUGGUAAAAUUAGUGCGGGACAAGCUGAAAGUUAUGACCCUCUCAAUAGGUGAUGGUGCUAAUGAUGUCAACAUGAUUCAAGCAGCUGAUGUUGGAAUUGGGAUCUCUGGUCAGGAGGGAAUGCAGGCAGUAAUGGCCAGUGAUUUUGCAAUCUCUCAUUUCAAACACCUGAAGAAGCUGUUGCUAGUUCAUGGUCAUUGGUGCUACACUAGGCUGUCCAAUAUGAUCAUCUACUUCUUCUAUAAGAAUGUGGCGUAUGUGAAUCUUCUAUUCUGGUAUCAAUUCUUCUGUGGAUUCUCGGGAGCAUCCAUGAUUGACUACUGGCUAAUGAUAUUCUUCAACCUUUUUUUCACAUCGCUGCCCCCUAUCAUUUUUGGCAUCAUGGAUAAAGACAUUUCUGCUGAAACGCUACUGGGCUUACCAGAACUCUAUAAAAGUGGCCAAAACUCAGAAGGGUACAAAUGGUCUACAUUUUGGAUAGCCAUGCUGGAUGCCUUUUAUCAAAGUCUUAUUUGUUUCUUUGUUCCAUACCUUACAUACCAAGGUUCUGAUAUUGACAUAUUUUCCUUUGGGACUCCCAUUAACACUCUGGCCUUGUUUACUAUCCUUCUACACCUGGCCAUUGAAAUCAAAACCUGGACCGUAGUUCACUGGGUUACAAUGAUUGGAAGUGUCAUAUUCUACUUCAUAGUGGCUAUUGUUUUUAGUGCCACCUGCAUUUCUUGUAACCAUCCUUCUAACCCCUAUUGGAUUAUGGAACGAGAAAUGGCUGAUCCUGUCUUCUACUUAGUUUGCAUCAUAACACCAGUGCUUGCACUGUUACCAAGAUAUUUAAUUCGCGUCAUACAAGGAACCUUUGUCCUGUGUCCUCUCCUGAAAGCUCGGCAGUUCGAUAAACUAGACAAAGAACAAAGAGAUGAGGAGAUCAGUGAAUGGAGGAAGAGAACACGAUCGAGAGAAGCUACUGUGCCACUUUCAAAUCUGUCACCACCAACAUCACCAACAUCACCAGGCAACUCUGGACAUCCUUUAGGAAGGACAUUGACCUUCGAGGCACCUUUAAAUGUAGACCUAGGCAAUGAUGGAACAACACCUCCUGGGAGGUCUAUGCUGAAUGGAACAGAGAUUGAACAUUCCGAUACUCUUCACACACAGAGUGCUGUAACUGAAAACAUAUAUGCCUCUAUACCAGUCUCAUCUGCUGACCGGACUGGAGACGGUGAUAGGAAAGCAGAGGAUGACAGUGAUGCUUUUUGUGCAGGCCAUCAGCGAUCCUUUAGCAUAAUGACCAUUUGAAAACCAAGCGUCCUGAGGAUCUGAUUUGAAAAUGACAUAUAUAUUUGCCAAUAGGCAAAACAAUAUCAAUAACCUUGUUCAUUGGUUCUAUAUUAAUCCCAUAUUGGGAAAUAGAAUUUGUUUGUUUUCCCCCAAAGGUUUACUGAAGAAGUAUCUUCAUGUUUACAUUUUUUUUUUAUUUAAAAGAAGUGGUAAAGUAUCUCUUUUUUUACAUUUGCUUUUAUAAGUAAACAUCUCAAAAUGCCUGCUUGCGUAAUAUUAUGGUGAUACAAUAAUGUACUGUUCAGAUUAUGGUAAAGGAAUUUAUAAACUGAAGCGGUACAUACCUCAACAUUGGCAGGAUGUUAAAAAGACCAUUUAAAUUCAGUAUACUGUACUCUCUUUGACUGGUUAGUUGCUUUCCAUUGCCUUCACAUGAGCCAACUAAUCCAGAACUUGGAGUGCAGAAAAAAAAAACUACUGUAUUCAUGCAUUGAAUUACAUUUGAUCUGAGUGCACAUAAACCAAGCAUGGCCCGGGUGUUUUAUACAGAGAGUAAAGAACAAGCAUGUUCAUUGCUGAUAUUGGAUUGUAGUACUUUUUAAUUGUGCUCUGCUUACCGUAACACACUAGUGAAGGAUUUUCUUUUAAAUAAUUUGGUAUCAAAACUACCUCUGUGGAUAGGAUCGCAUAAUUCAGGAGUCAGGUGAUUUCUGAUCCCUGAUUCACCUCUUGUGUGGACGGCGAGCACUAGAGAGUCUAUCUUGAGUACGCUCUCACUACUGUAUUGAAGCCCCGUGUGAAAGCAAUAUAACUCUACUGUGAUAACUACAUGGGUCAUUCAGAGAAGAGAUUGCACCAAGAUGCAUUUAUUUAGUGCAGCACUGAUCCCGAUUUCAGUGAAAAUAAAUGUGAAUUUUCCAUGUGUGUAUUGUGACCAAUUCAUACCUGAAAUAUUUGUAUUGGAUCAACCUCUUUCAUAACAUUGUAUUUUCCUUUUGCUGUAUACAAAUGAGAGACAGACAAAUGGGGCAAGGGCUACAAAACUGGAUUACCAGAGGUUACUGUAAAAACCAGUUACAAAAUAUGUAUAUCUCCAGUUUGGCACAGGUCCACAUCACAGCCUUAUUGAUAUAGAACAUGUAAGGACAUUGCGAAGAGUGAAGAAGAUACGAAGCACAUAUUUUCCUGGAAGGAUCUCAGUUUUGUGAGUUUAUUAACAGUUUUUAUGAUGUAAUAAAACAUUGCCUACAAAAAAUCAAACACUGUUGCUUUCCUUGAUGUUAAUGUCAAUGCUAGUCAAAGAAUGACAUCUCUUUUUAUUAUUACGAAAUGUAAUAAGUAAACAUAGAAAUGAAAGGAAAACUGUUCUGAAAUUAAACUAAACGAGGGGAGAUAAUUACACUUCAGUUAAUACACCUUUUAAACGGAGUUCCAGCUCUGAACAUGUCAGCCAAUGCAUGUUUCACUGAUCCCAAGACAGUUCAAACACUAACUAGAUUAUUUAAAGACCAAUGCUUUUAGCGUGUAGCAGUUCCUGCCUCGGGUAGCUAUAUAUUGUUAUCAGAUGGUUUAAAGUGGUCGUUUUGCCAUUGAAGCAUGCUGUAAUUAUUAUUGCAAUUAAACCUGAAACCAAUGUUAUGUUAUAGGUUAGCUAUAAAGAC